AUGGCCUCAUCGGCUCCAGGAUUGCUCGGGGAAUCGUUGAAAGGACAAGUUGCCCUGGUCACAGGUGCUAGCUCAGGUAUAGGUGCGGAGAUUGCCCGACAUUUCGCUUCCCUUGGGUGCCGACUAGCUCUGACGGGACGAGACAUGGAAGCACUUCGAAAUGUUACUGAUGAGUGUAUGCAGAGAGGGCUACACAAAGAUCAGAUUUUGAUGAUCCAAGCUAAGUUUGAACUGGAAGAGGAUGUGACGAAAAUUUCAAAUGAGACGAUAAAUAAAUUCAACCAACUUGACGUAUUGGUAAAUAACGCAGGAAUGUUUAAGCUCGAUACCAUAGAGACAUUCACCUUACAAAACUUUGAUGACAUCUUCGCUGUGAAUGUGAGGGCACCUCUUCAUCUUACCAAGAACCUUGCGCCAUAUCUGAUCAAAACAAAAGGAGCUGUGGUAAAUAUAUCAAGCAUUUGUGGUAGGUCAUCGAUGCCCAGUAAGAUGAGCCACUCUAUGUCCCAAACAGCGAUGGAUCACAUGACACGCUGUUUAGCUGAAGAACUAGCGCCUCAUGGAGUAAGAGUCAAUGCAGUAAAUCCUGGUGUAAUAGCUACUCCGAUCUUCAAAAGAACAGGAAUGACUGAUGGGCAAAUAGCCAAGUUUUUUGAGAGAUGCAAUGUUCUCCACCCCUUGCGGAGGAAUGGCUAUGUGGAUGAGGUAUCCCGACUCGUAACAUUCUUGGCAUCCAGCGAUUCGUCAUUCACUACCGGAGAAACAGUUGGUGUAGAUGGAGGGCGCCAUCUCUUGAUCCGACCAGUAAACGAUUAGAAUUUGGUUUCACAAAAUGUUGUAUACGCAUUGAAAUUUUAAAUUGUUCUGAAAGUUUAAGAGUAGGUAAAAAUGUAAUUCAUCCAAAACUAAGGACUGAAUGCUGGCGUAAAACAUUUUCACGAACUUCACGAUCGCAUCUUUAUAAGUACCUUAA